AUGGGAGCCGCCGACUCUCCCGUGCCGCGGCGCGGGGGGUGGGGAUCUCCCCGCCGCCGCCUGAGGAAUGUCAACUAUUCAACAUGGAGACGGCGGUUACCAGGCUCGAGACCCUGUUCCAGAAAGCAGAAUCUGAUCUGGAUUAUAUUCAGCGCAGAGUGGAGUUUGAAAUAAUGAAAAGUUUUCCUGAUGGUACAGAAGCAGAGGAGAGCCCAGCUGCCCUCCUGAAGGAGCUGCCGCUGCUGAAAUCCCGCUACAAAUCCCUGUGUGCCCAGAUGGAGGCGAUUUCCCUGGAGCAGAAGGAAUCCAUGGAGAGCAUCCGUGCUGCCCUGGAGAAAACAAUGAGCAUCGUUCAGGAACUGCAGCAGCAAACCGGCCUGGAGAGCUCACCUCUGUCAGAAGAAGAGCAGAAUGCAGCCCAGCAGUUAAACCUGCAAGCUGGGAAAAAAAUGGAAUUUUCAGUGGAAGAGCCAUCCUGCCUAGAAUCUACAGUCCCUGGCUCAGCUGAAGAGCCCCAGUUCACACCCUUGACUGAGGAAACCUUGAUGAGUGUGCCCAGGAAAAUCAGAAGCACUGUCAAAUUAGCAGACUUGAACCAUUUGUACAAAGAGUUAUUUAACCACUUCAUUGUAGAGAACAACAGGGCAGCCCUGAGUCUUUCACAGAUGAACAAGAUGAAUAUGAAAGCCACUGACUCAAGAAUUAAAAUCCUGAAGGAACUGGAGAUUGUGGAACUGGACAAACAAGGAAAUGUUAAAUUAGCUGUGUGACACAGAAACAUCUUGGGCACAGCUCCUGGAUUAUUAAAGAACAAGAAUUUCUCUGGAACAGGAGUUCCUGGUCCACUGUAGGGAAGUUGUUGAUGUUUCUGUAUAAACAUUCUGUUGAUAAAACUUGAAAUUAGAGGUUCAGAAACACUGAGGUUGGCACUUUACCUUGGCUGUUUGAAGGAUUAUUUUUGGUUCUGCAUUUUUAAGGAAUGUUCAGAGCCAUGUGAGGCUUCCACUUCCUUGCUGCAUUCCUGAGGGGGUUUGAAAGGCAAAUAAUCCAAGCCUCUUAAUUGUGCUUGCAUUCCUGAAUAAAGAUUUAUUUUACUUUG